UCAUAUUUUAGUACCGCCUGAAGAUGGCUACCACAACCGACACCACUAACAUUACCUUAACUAUCCGGAUACUCAUGCAGGGAAAGGAGGUUGGGAGCAUAAUUGGAAAGAAGGGAGAUAUAGUUAAGAAGUUGAGAGAGGAGGAUUUGAACAGUUUGCUGACUCCUGGAACGGUUCCAAGACCUCCAAUAACAUUCAGACUUGUUGUUCCCGCCUCCCAAUGUGGAUCCCUAAUAGGAAAAGGAGGAUCAAAAAUAAAAGAAAUCCGCGAGAUCACUGGUGCCUCUGUACAGGUUGCAAGUGAGAUGUUACCUAACUCUACUGAAAGAACAGUAACGGUAUCUGGAAGUCGUGAGGCCGUGGUUCAAGCAAUUUAUCAAAUAUGUUCCAUUAUGUCAGAGUCUCCCCCGAAAGGAAUAACUGUUCCAUAUACUCCCUUGAAGACCUUGAGUAUUCCUGGUGUUCCAAACCUACCCAACCUUGUACAACCCUCACAGGCUCUAGUUCCCAGUAAUCAUAUGAAUCAUGUUCAAGCUGGAAAGGUUGGUAUCCCUGUUAGCCUGGGCAGUCCUCUGGGUGGGGGUAUUCUUAACCCUGCCACCCUGGCACUUCUAGCUGGGCAUACUCGCCCCCCAGCCCCACAUCAGACCCACGAGAUGACUGUACCAAACGAGCUUAUUGGUUGCAUUAUCGGAAAGGGAGGCUCAAAAGUGGCAGAAAUUAGGCAACUAUCUGGAGCUAUGAUCAGGAUUUCUAACUGUGAGGACAGGGAUGCUCCAGCUAACCUUGACAGAACAAUCACAAUCUCAGGAAACUGUGAAUCUGUUGCCCUUGCUCAAUACCUUAUCAACAUGAGCAUGGAAGUUUUCCGAGCAAACUUGGCCAUGGCAGAGGAAGCUGAAAAGCAGGGACUCGUCACUAGUUUUCCGGACAUCCUUCCCCCAUUCAUCCCAAACCAAUAUCAGAUUGUAACUCAACCAGAACCAGCUCAACAGUAUGUGGAUGCAAGCUUGCUCUCCCCCCUUUUGAGAUUUCCUUCCUUUAAUGAUCAGAUUGUCCUACCAAACAAAUUUAAAGCUACUCCCAGCCUAAUAUCCCUCCCUUCAAUCAGGGAACAAAAAUUCGCUCCAUACUAGAUCCUGAGAAUCUCUAUGGAGACAGCGUCCAUGGGAGGACUAGCAGGCUUCCAAUAUAUUACUCCAAAUCAUAUCAU